AUGACAACCAAGCAAAAUCCAGGCACGCUCCCUUUGGACGGGAGCACCCAGGGCCCCGCGAGCCGGGGCAGCGCCGACGCCUCCGACCGUCGCACCGCGCUGCACUGGGCCUGCUCCGCCGGACACAGCGCCGUCGCCGACCUCCUGCUCGGACUCGGCGUGCCCGUGGGCGACAAGGACGACGCUGGCUGGACCCCGCUGCAUAUUGCGGCCUCGGCGGGCCGGGAUGAGAUCGUCAAAGCCCUCAUCGACAAGGGAGCGCAGGUGAAUGCUGUCAACCAGAACGGCUGCACGCCUCUGCACUACGCCGCCUCCAAAAACAAGCAGGAGAUUGCAAUCAUGCUUUUAGAGCACGGAGCUAAUCCAGAUGCAACAGACCAUUUUGAGUCCACUCCCCUACACAGAGCGGCAGCCAAAGGAAACCUGAAAAUGAUACAGAUACUUUUGCGGCACAAUGCAUCUGUUAAUAUACAGGACUCGGAAGGGAAUACUCCUCUUCAUUUAGCCUGCGAUGAAGAAAGAGUGGAUGAGGCAAAGCUGCUGGUGUCUCACGGUGCAAGUAUUCACAUUGAGAAUAAAGAAGAACUGACCCCACUGAAAGUGGCCAAAGGUGGCCUGGGAGCCAUACUUAAGCGAAUGGUGGAAGGCUAGUGGGGACUUCUCACUUGACUCUUUCCUGUUG